UUUUUUUUUUUUACAAUAGUUUAUAAUGUCAAAUCUUCAUAUAUUUCAGAAGGUAGCUAACGUUGUUGUCUAUCUUCUCUUUCUUUCUGCUACUGUUUAUAGUAUUGUUGGUCCUCAUCCUGAUGACGGUAUCACACAUGGAGGCCAAACCUAUAUUACUCCAUCAUAUUGGAUUGAAUAUGUCUGGUCUCUUAUUCAUAUCCUCCUUGGUGGUUUUGUAAUUUAUCAAUGGUUUGAGCCUGCUCAUGAAGCUGCUAUUCACGGUGUUGGUUGGCAUUUUGUUAUUUCUGUUUUGCUUAACUCUGCUUCAUUAGCACUGAUUAAAUCUGGACAUUAUAUCAUUGGCUUUAUUUUUAUUCUUCUCACAGCUUCUUCUGUUUCAUGUGUCUUCUAUAAACUUACAAAGGAUUAUCCUACUACAAGUAUUUGGGAUAAGCUCUUCAUUCAUGCCCCUUUCUCUUUGUGGCAUGGCUGGAUUGUUUUCACUGCAGUUGUUACACUCUUCCAGGCAUUUACUGGUCUUAAGGCGAAUGGACCCUCAAUUUGGCUUCGUAUCUUAGUUAUUAUGGCUCUUCUUUUCUUGACUUCAACUGCAAUUGGUUACGUUGAAUACAAGAAGCACAAGGGUGACGUUACAGGUGCCAUGGUAAUUGGCUUGGGUCUUUUAGCCAUCUUCACUAACCAACAUGAUAAAUGGAUUCAUUGGACUGCCUUAACUUUGGCUAUUAUCACUCUCAUAUAUCCUGCUCGUCCAUACGUCUUCAGACUUGUAGGACGUUCUUCUGAGGAAAAUGCCCCUCUUCUUGGUUAAUUUUAUUUUUUUUUUCUUUUAUUACAAUGAUUUGCGAGAAUUUGGAAAAAUAAAAUAUAAGAUUUUUAUCCAACUAAA